UGUGUCGGGAAUGUUGUUGUGUUCAGGAGACGUGGGAGGCAGCAAAGCACGUCCAUGUGACAGACAAACUGAAAUAGAAGCAGCCAGGCUUCCUCCAAGUAGAGUUCACAGGUGAAGCUAAAUCAGUAGCAGGAGCCGUCACACCUGCAUCUGAACUUUCAGGUCAGAAAUCUUAAAAUAGGAGCCAGACUUUCACCAGAUCCUCCAAAAUGGGCGAAGAUGCUACUCGAGCCGAUCAAAACUCAUCCACCCUGCCUGCUCCAACCAUCUCUGAUUCCUCCGCUGCUCCACCGGUGGAUGCCCAGGAUAUCUUCAUCCGCAGUUCAACUCCUACCUCCCCGACUCACACACUCACUCGCCUGAGUACCAAAUCUCCAACCAGCCCAACAGGCACCGGAAACCAGGUGAGCGCUAUCACGGUGGUGGCGCUGCUCGACCAGCUGGUGGUGAUGAUCGAGGCCGUGCAGGAGAACCAGCAGCGCAUGGAGAAACGCCAGGCUGACCUGGAGGGCACUGUGCGGGCCGUGCAGGCUGACUUGACUCGCCUCAGCAAGAGCCAUACAGCUACCUCUGGAGGUGUCAACAAGCUGCUCGAGCGCUCGCGCAAGACCAGCAUCUAUGUCAAAGAAGUGCGCGAGCGUCUUGAUCGCCAGAGUGGCCAGGUGAAGCGCCUGGAGGCCAACCAUGCACACCUGCUCAAGAGGAAUCACUUCAAGGUGCUCAUUUUCCAGGAGGACAAUGAGAUCCCCACCACUUUGUUUACUAAGGAAUCCAUAGCAGAUAUUGCCUCAACCUCUGCUCAGGAUGAGAGGGCUGCCUCUCCACGUGCUUCAGUGAUCGAUCCCAACCACUCCCAUGAGGAAGGAUUGCACACCAUCAGCCUUUCCUCUGAUGAAGAGGAGGGAGCAGUGAGCCCCCUACUGGAGGGAAGCACAUUGCCCAGGGAGGUGCAUGAUGAUGAGUUCCCAGGCAUGGGAAGUGAGCGUCUGGAGUGGUCUCGCACUGACAAGUUUAAGCGAUCUAGUCUGAAGAAGGUAGACAGCCUAAAGAAGGCCUUCUCACGCAGCAGCAUUGAGAAGAAGAUCAACAAGAUCGUACCCCCAGAACGGCGUGAAAAGAUUAUGAAGAGCUUCUCUCCCAGCCAUCCCAAAAGCCCAACCAGCAAGAGCUCGUCCUUCCGUGUCUCGCCCAUGACCUUCAACGUCAAGAAGAUGCGAGAUGGAGAAGGUGAGGCCACUCAGGCUGGGGGUGAAAAUGCUACAGUAGAAGUGCCAUCCAUGGGGGGAUUGGAUGGUCAGCUACCAAUGGCAGAGGUUCAUAAUGAAGAGGAAAAUUUUAAUGGGAAGGUGCAUAGUCCAUCCACCACGGGUAGUGCAGAUGGGGGAGCAUCAGUUACAGAAGAUGCAGAGCUUGAUAAUGUUCCCUCAGACAAGGUUGCAGAGAAAGAGGAAAAAGAGUUACAGGAGCCCAAUGAAGCUAAUAAUGGAGCCAAAAAUGAAGCUAAUAAUGAAGCCAAUAAUGGAGUUAAUAAUGAAGCUGAUAAUGGAGCUGAUGCUCAUGCGAAUGGCGGUCAUAAUGUUGGAAAUGAAGAGGAGGACAAGUCCAUGUCUGCACCUGAAUCUCCCCCGUCAGCUGCGGUAGCUAUCCAGCAAGCUUCUUAGAUUUACUAGCAUUCCAUCUGUUGCAGAGAUCUUGGCACAGGAGCAAACCAUCUGUUCAAAGUCAGUUGUGUUAUGUAAGAGUUUGUCUGAUAGAAAACAGGGCACUUGUAUAAAAAAAAGACUUUUUUUCUUCCUUGAACUGGGCUCUACAUGGUAAUGGGUGAAAACUAUUAAAUAAAUUGAAUUAUGUCUUACCACACUUGAUAUGUUAAAAUUGUUAUAGGUCUAUCUUCUUGUAUAUAGUUUUAAAACUCUAUUGCAUGCAAUCCUAUACUUCACCUGUUAUUCUUCCCAAUAUACUGUACUACAAUAGAUAAUCAAAUAAAUUGUGAUUCCAUAGAGUAAUUAAGCGAUAAAGAAAUUUUAAGAAUAUACUAAGAAAUGCCCUUUUUCUGAAGAAUGUGAGCUAAAAUCAGUUACCUGUGCUGUAUAUUGUCUGAAUUCCACAAACCUUGUUUACUGCUUUCAGAGCAAAAUACAUUUUCAGCAUAAGUGAUAACACUGAAAAUUACUUUUAAUAAAGUGUUUAUCUGAGA